AUGUUCGCUAGAUUUUGGAGACAGGGCAAUAAUUUACAGGCUACUCGGGAAGCCGCCGUCUAUCUGUUUGAGCUAUUUGUAUAUCUGGGUUUUCGGGAACCUUUGAAAUGGCUACAGUUACAUCAAGUGUAUGCGGUUUUAAUCAAGCUAAUCGUUUGUGUAUUUCUGCCCAUAUCCUUCGUUUUAAGUUAUUCCUAUGAAUACAGCAAAAUGACAGCCGUACAAUUGUUGACGUCACUGCAAGCCUGCAUCAAUAUCUUUGGAAUACCCGCCAAAGUUUUCACAAUAAUAGUGUCCAUGAAACAUUUACGUAGAGCUCUAGAUGUUAUGGAUCUACUAGAUGCUAGAUGCCACAGUCCGAAGGAAUAUGAUAAAAUUCGUCAUUGUGCCAUGACGGGUAAUCGUUUGACAAUAUUUUAUUGCACAUUAUAUUGUGUGUAUGUGGAAUCUACAAUGGUGGCCUCGUUGUGUGUUGGCAAACCAGCGUAUGCAUUAUUUAUACCCUUAAUAAGUUGGCACAAUUCCCUUGUCGAGUUUGUGUUGCAUUCGUUCAUUGAAUUUGUAUUGAUAAAUGUGGCUGUUUUGUAUCAAGCGGGCAUUGAUGUGUAUCCUGUCAUUUAUAUCUAUGUGAUACGUACUCAUAUGCAGAUAUUGGUGGAACGUGUCAGCAGUUUGGGUAUAGAUUUGUCUACCAGUAAUGAUGAACACUAUGAGCAGCUGGUGCUGUGCAUUAAGGAUCAUCAGAAUUUGUUAAGUUUGGUGGACAUUAUCAGCCCUGUGAUCUCCAUUACCAUGUUUAUUCAGUUCACCAUUACCGCUCUUAUCUUGGGCACCACAUUAAUAAAUAUUUUUAUUUUUGCCGAUCUUUCUGGACAAAUUGGUUCGGUACUCUAUUUGCUGGCAGUCUUGGUGCAAACCAGCCCCUGUUGCUUUCAGGCCACUUGUCUAACCGAUGACAGUGAGCAGCUAGCAUUGGCCAUAUUUCAUUGUAAGUGGAUUGGUAAGGAUAUACGCUUUCGCAAAUUGAUGAUAUACUUUAUGAUGCGUUCCCAGACGCCCAUAACUCUAACGGCUUUGAAACUAUUUCCCAUAACUCUAAACACCAGUGUGGGGAUAGUCAAAUUCUCAUUUUCUCUGUAUAUGUUUAUCAAGGAAAUGGAUUUUGGACAAAACUUGAAGUAA